AUGUCAGCGAAACCCACCGCUCAGAACAACAUGGCUCUAUCGGCGGGUAAUCCUGCCAUGGAUUAUGCGCUCCCGAGCACUGAAUCGGUCUCGCCCACAAAGCAGCCCAGCAAGCGGGUGUCAUUCAAGCUCCAUUCCCCGUACAAGGGCCGCUUCCCCCUGCGCGUCAACAUUUACCCUCAUGACUCGACCGAACAAAUAAUAUCGACUGUCAAGGGCUUCUAUGGGCUGUACGUCCAAGACGGUGUCGUUCUCGAGGACACCGAGGGCAACAGCUUGAUCGCAAGCUAUGACAACUUCACCGACAAUAUGACUGUGCAUGUCUGCGUCAUUAAUGCUGCGGGCUCCGAGUACGCACAACGACGCCCAGUCGCAUCCAAGGCUCGGGCAAUAGGCUCCCUUGGUAGCUUUGGUGAACCGAACGGCGAAGCCGUCCUCAGCGACAGCGACGGCGGAGGCGUUUCUGUCACGAGCUCUCGUCGUGGCAAGAAGGAAUCGGUCGCCUCUGCCGACAUCAAUGUAGACAAUAUUGUCCGACAUGGUCGCCGCAAGCAGGCCAACCUGUUUGACAGUUCAGAACUGCCACUCUUCGAACCGGCUCAGGUCGCAAUGUCCACCUCUUCCACGGCCUCACCACAGAAGAUGAUGCAUGGCCAGAGCGCCCCUUCGCCGUAUCUGUUCUCCAGUCAGCAACCGCAUGCUCUCCAACACAAUCAGCGCUCGCCCCAGAGCAAUGGGCUCAAUGAGAGCGCCUUAUAUACUGGUUUGGCCACGCCAUAUACAAACUCGAACAGUGCGCGAACAUUUCGGGCCCGCGCACGCAGCUCGGGCCAGUACGGUUCCGCUAUGAACAGCGGGACAUGCUUCCCAACACCGGACAAUACCAAUGGUGGUGAUACCAUGUCGGACGAGGAUCUCGCUCGCCAACUCAUUCGCCUCAGCGAGCAUGGACGCACAUCCACCAGUACGAUGGGCGAUGCCUUCAGCAAGGCGGACGUAUCUUCUGACAGCGAUGAUGACGAUGACAGCAGCGAUGAUGGCCGCGAGCUUCCUCCCCUUCCCUAUGCUGCACCACAUGAGAAUGGGACGGACGCGGAGGCAGAGCAUCGCUACGCCCGGCCCAGCGUUGAGGGUCACGAGGAUAAGCACAUUGAUUCCUUGAAGGAUGAGAGUGACGGCAUUGUGAAAAAGUACCAAAAGACCAUGAAGGGUCGUCAGGCGGUGCCGACCAAGUCAGACAAGGCAGCAAGACCGCGCUCCCUUUCCAAGGCAAAAGCGAAGCCUUCAAGUGUGCCGAAUCCACCCAUUUCGCCAACCAGCCUACCGUCGAUGUCACGCAAGCCCUCAACUGCAUCGCUGCAGUUCUCCCCCUUGGCGGCCGACGAGGAAGAUCUGUCCAGCAAACCCAGAUGCCAGCGCUGCCGCAAGAGCAAGAAGGGCUGUGACAGGCAGCGGCCGUGCCAGCGGUGCAAAGACGCCGGAAUUGGUAUUGAGGGGUGCAUCAGCGAAGACGAGGGCAACGGCCGCAAGGGUAGAUACGGACGUCACAUGGGCGUUCCCGUCAAGAAGUCCAACCUGGAUACAGACGUCUCCACGGGCCAGGAGGCCAUCUCUCCAACUUCUAUGGCGGCCCCGCAGUUACCCCUCACCGUUGUCAACGACAAGAACAAGAAGAGGAAGAGAUGA